AUGGACGGGUAUGCGGGGCCUGCCUUGUGCCGCUUGGGAGGCGCCGGCCAAGCCGGCUGGGAAGCCCCAGAGAUGGAACAUGAGAAGAGGCCUUGGGAGGAGCUCCACUCCGAAGUGACCACCGCGGAGAGUCGCCGGAGAAACGCUCCGCCGGAGAGGAUCUCUGCCUACUCUCGGGGCUCCAGCCAAGCCUCUGGAGGCCUGGUGGAGCCUCUGGAGGAGCUCGCUGCGGACACCAGCAGCAAUGGUCACACCUGCAGCGAUGGUCACACGGUGAGCUCGGGCAGGGGCUUGGAUGUCAUCGCACGCACGAGGCAGAGGAUCAGAGAGGUCAGGGAGCGGGAAAGGUUAGAGCGGCUUCGCGAACAAGAAGAGGCCUCUAUGAGACGCCAGGAGCAGCAGCAACAGCAUGAGCAGAGGAUGAAGCGCCAAGAGAGUGAGAAGCGCCGCCGCCGGCAGAUGCAGCGGAAGGAGGAGGAGCUGCAGGCGAGUGCACAGGCAGAAGAAACACGCAAGGCACGAGAACACGGCCGUGAACAGGAAGAGAAGCUCAAGCUUCUGCAGAAACAUGCGCAGGCUCGGAUAAAGGCCGAAAAAGAGAAGGCCAAAGAAAAGAGGGACCAGGAAUUGGCGCAGAAGGAGGAGAAGGGGAAAGCCACGGAGGAGGCGCAGCAGAAGGCUUCAGAAGCCAUGGAGGCUGCGAAAAAGCGGUUGAUCCAGAAGAAGAAGCAGGAGAUGGCAAAGAAAGAAGAGGAAGAAUCUAUGCAGAAGCUGGAAGCCGAAUACGAGCAGGACAAAGAGAAUGACCAGAUCGGAGAGCACUUGCAGCGCAAGGCGCAGGAGAGGCUCCGGCAGCGCUCGGAGGAGCGGCGGAAGCAGGAGACCCAGGCGAAGAACCGGGAGGCCCUGCAGCGCUUGGAACGUGAGGAGCGCCAGGCUUCGUGUGAGAAGCAGCUGGAGCAGCGGCGGGCCACAGCCGCACAGCGGGCGGGCUCGCGGCUACGGCGAGAAAAGGAUGAGGAAGAGCGGCACAAGCGUGAACAGGAGGAGCAGGACCGCCUCGCUCGGGAGCGGAAGCAGCUCUACCGGAACCCCCGCUCCAUCGCGGAGCUGACAUCCAGUGUCAAUCCAUGCCCUGCUGGAGAUCAAAGCUGA